AUGGCGGAUGGUCUGAAAACGCCCCUCCGAGCGCUGGAGCGGCCGCUCUGGUGCCUGGCGCUCAGCGUGGUCAGCACCGCCUCUGCCCUGCGGGCACUGGCAGAGCUCGAGCCAGGGACCUUCCACCUGCUGCAGCCGCCCCAGGAGGAUGGCACUGGCUGCGGCCUGGGGAAGCCCUAUGAGUUCUUGGUGAAGACACCUGAGAAUCAGAUCAACAGCAAAGAGUUGGUGCUGGAAUUCUUCGGCGGAGGUGGAUGUUGGAGCUAUGAAACCUGCAACGCGACCACCGAAGGCUGGCUAGGAGGCGAGAGGACGAAGUAUUGGCUCUCGGAGACGGGGCUGGAGUUCAUCCGAAGUAUGAUGGGAAGCAGCGUCAAGAACUGCCGCUUCCCCGGCUUCAACGUGGGUGGCCUAUGGGAUUUCUGCAACGAGGAGCAUCCGCACAGGAACUGGACGUGGGUGACCUUGGCCUACUGCACCGGGGAUCAGCAUAUGGGCAACCACGUGGCCCGCUACGAGGAUUCCAAUGGGAGCUACAUGGAGGUUCAGCACCUAGGAGCUCGCAACGCUGACUCCGUGCUGCGAUGGGUCCAGCGGAGCUUCCCCGAGCUCGAGCGCAUCCACGUCGUCGGCGAGUCGGCGGGCGGCUGGGCCACCUUCGCGUGGACGCAGGAGGGGCCAGGGCUGCGCGCGCAACUGAACCGCGUGCAAUUGCUUUUCCCCGCUGCAGAUGUCACAAGCUCGCGUUGUAAGGAUUCCGCCCUUCACUUGCUUUGCCCCAGUGAUGUGUGCACCGCUGUGCUGCCGAGUGUGGACGACACCUGGAAUGCGACCAAUGACUUCAUCACACCCAGCUGGUCUGUCCUUUGGACAGCGGAGGCUAUACGCAGAUCCAACUGGAGCUUGGUUGACUUGAUGGUGGAGGCCUUGAACCACUUUGCGGGCCGAAUGACCUUCGGCAUCUUCACCAGGUCUGCGGAUGCGGAUCAGCUGCUUUACUGGAGCCUCUUUGGUGGAGAGCUCGGCACCUGGACCACGAGGAUGGUUGCCUUGGUGAACGACAUGGAGCGGCGUUUGCCUCCCACGCUGCUGCGGAGCUAUCUGGUGAAUGGCUCAGAGCACGGCAUCCACCGAAGGAACGAGCUCUUCACCAUGGAAUACCAAGGAGUGAAGUUCAAAGAUUGGCUGGGAAAUCUGAGCAAUUGCUGGGUCCCUGUGAGCAGCAUGCGUGUUUGGGAUCCCUUGGUGGGUUCCGAAGGAAACUACACCGGGGACCCAAACGCCUACACCUGUACCACUUCGACCACGACCUUGACCUCGAGCAUGUCUGCAGCGACAGGUCUCGCGGGUGGUAAUCUGGCCACCUUUUUGAUUCUUGGGAUAGGCGUGAAGCUUCAAAACCUGUAGUCCAGCGACUACAGCGAAAUGUCACAGUGAUGUCACAGUGGUAUCGAUGCCAAUUUUCCGCCCGAACCCCGCGCACCGCCGAGCCGCCCGCGCUGAACGACCGUGCCUUUUUCACCCUGGACCGUCGGAUUGACUGGCCCAUGGGUCCUGCGCGGUGCUGGGCGUGUUUCUUUUUUCGGGCGCGGUCGGGCGUUAUGGGUCGCGAGGUCCGUGGAUUUGCCAAGCAAAUCUCUGGAAGUCCAGGAAAGUGUUCUUGAAAAGGAGGGUGGGGCCACAUCGUUCC